GCGCCAAUAAUUCAAAUAUCUGUGAAAGAUCAAAGAGGGCACCUGCUUCCCCAAAUUCCAAAAAAAUGGAAGACGAUUGCAAAUCCUCCUUGAAUUUCUUCUCCGAUCAACAGCUCUGCUACGCCGACAUCCUCGCUCCGCCGGAGGCCAUUGCCAGAAUCCAAGUCGCCGUCCUCAACUUCCUCCGAAUCCUCACCUCUCCGGCUCCCGCAAUCUCCGACCUUCCUCUCGUCACCAGAAAAUCAAGCAACCGCCGCUUCAAUCAAGGCCUGCUCACUCAGACUUCGUGGAUUUUCCUGACGAACGCUCUCUGCACCAGGUCUCUCUCACGGCCGAACGCCGCCAGAGCUUUUAUUAGAGUAUGGAAGUUGAUGGCGAUGUGCUCUCGGAUUUUGGGGCUGGAUAAGAAGGUCACGCAGAGGGAGCUCUUCUACAAGUUGCUCUGCGAUUCACCGGAUUAUUUCUCGUCUCAGUCGCAGGUGAAUCGGACUAUCCAAGAUGUGGUGGCAUUGCUGCGCUGCAGCCGUUACAGUCUCGGGAUCAUGGCAUCUAGCCGAGGGCUUGUUGCUGGUCGCUUGCAGUUGCAGGAGCCAAACCAAGAGGUUGUGGACUGUGCUGCCUGUCGGUUUUCGGGGCAUAAUAUCUCUGGGGACUUGAAUUCCUUGGAGAAGUUGAUGAUGAAAACGGAUGCGAGGUACAUCAUUGUGGUGGAGAAGCAUGCAAUUUUCCAGCGGUUGGUCGAGGACCGCGUGUUCAACCAAAUUCCCAGCAUUCUGAUCACUGCCAGAGGGUACCCGGAUAUAGCAACAAGGAUUCUUCUUCACCGGAUGAGCAGAGCAUUUCCCGACUUGCCAAUUUUAGCACUGGUUGAUUGGAACCCAGCUGGGCUAGCUAUUUUAUGCACAUUCAAGUUUGGAAGCAUAGGGAUGGGCCUGGAGGCUUACAGAUAUGCUUGCAACGUGAAGUGGUUGGGGCUGCGAGGCGAAGACCUAGAGCUCAUACCCGAACAAGCUUUAGUUCCAUUGAAACCAAAGGACCUCCAGAUUGCUAAGAGCUUGAUCUCAUCCAAGAUCUUGCAGGAGAAUUACAGGGCAGAGCUGACAUUAAUGGUUGAGAGUGGUCAGAGGGCAGAAAUUGAAGCUCUGUAUUCUCAAGGUUACGAUAACCUGGGUAAGUUCAUCGCAAGAAAAAUUGUGCAAGCCAACUACAUCUGAACAG